AUGGCGAAAUUAAACAAUACGAAUCCUGCCUUCAAGGCCCCGGUUCAGAAAACCAAUGCCACAAAGCAACAAAGUCCUCUAGGGCCAAGAAAGAGAAAUGGAAUGGAGAACGAUGAAAUCGCAAAGAAUGGUGAGAAGGAUGCAACGCCGGCGGAAAGUUCUGCCCGGAAGACAUUUGGAACGGUUACUCAGUUCAACAAUUCAGGUAGUCCCAGAGCACCAGUCGCGCCGAUGACUGCGGAUAUGGAAAAUGCGGAGGAGGAAGAUGAGGACUCAGCAGACGAGGUAUUGGGUGGACGCAGGGCUGGCGUAGAGGAAGGAGAGAACGAAGAUGAUGAAGCUGGGGUUCAAAACCAGUUUCAGCGAGAAGUGGCACUUCCGGAUCUAACAAAGUCUCCGAAAACGCCAAAAUCGUCGAAGAAGCAAGUUGCAAGGAAGACGGCAGCAGUACAAAAUUCUCAGAUCCACCGAGAGGAGACUGCGCAGCACGGUAAAUCGCGAGAGGGGCAACAACCCACUCCAAUCAGCAAGGGACGAUUGGGGGAUGAGAUGUCAGCAGAGAAAGAGACUUCGCGCAGUAGAGGAAGACCGAAAAAGUCAGCCGGUUCCAUGGCAACACCUGGCAAAGAAACUGAUAUUACAGUGUCGUCGAAAAAACAUUCAAAAGCUGGCGGUAGACCUAAAGCUUCCUCCAAGAAAAUUGUUCCCGCAAUUGAACAAGCCGAAAACGAGGAUGAAGAUGAGGGUCAAGAAGAUAGAGAAGACGAGAAUAAAGAGGAGGGUGAAGAUGAUGGAGACAGCGAUGAUUCCGAGGGCGACGAUGCGACCGAAGGUCUCACCGAAGAAUCCUUUCAACCUCGUAAAGUGCAAGCCUCGCGAAUAGACGGUGAGGGAAAUGAGCAACUGCUUAUUGAGUGGAAAGGAUACCCGCUUCAGAAAGAUUGGACCUGGGAAUCAAUUGGAAGAUUAAGGGAGUCAUGCCCGGAUAAGAUUGAGGAAUGGGAGAAUAGCGUCCAGAAUGCUGCGACUGAUAUCCACGAGGUCGAAGCGAUUCUGGAAAAGCGGAAGUUCAGGGGCAAGGUUCAAUAUCGUGUGAAGUGGGACGGAUGGCAACAUAAACACAACACGUGGGAGCCAGCGGAAAUGUUGGAAUUCGAUGUCCCGUAUAUGGUGGAGGAUUUUGAGGAGGCGCUAAAGAAGAAAGCGGAAAAGAAAGGAAUUGCAAGAAAGGAAGUAAGCUCUGAUUUCAAGGGUGUGAGAACGACAUUCGGGAGUUUGGGGUGGGUCGAGUUGAUUAAUGGUUAA